CCAACCAGAACCUGGGGGUGGUGCCGGGCCUUCCCCGCUGCGCGGAGGCGUCCGCUCAACCCUUCUGCCCGGCGAUUGGUGGGUUGGCGGCUAAGGGGCGGAGAUAGGAGGGGCCGCCGCCAUCUCCUCCAAUGGAAGGGAGACCGGGGCGGGCUUAAUGACGGAAGGAGCAUGGCGUGGAGACACCUGAAAAAGCGGGCCCAGGAUGCUGUGGUCAUCCUGGGGGGUGGAGGACUUCUCUUCGCCUCCUACCUGAUGGCCACGGGAGAUGAGCGUUUCUAUGCUGAACACCUGAUGCCGACUCUGCAGGGGCUGCUGGACCCGGAGUCAGCCCACAGACUGGCUGUUCGCUUCACCUCCCUGGGGCUCCUUCCACGGGCCAGAUUUCAAGACUCUGAUAUGCUGGAAGUGAGAGUUCUGGGCCAUAAAUUCCGAAAUCCAGUAGGAAUUGCUGCAGGAUUUGACAAGCAUGGGGAAGCCGUGGACGGACUUUAUAAGAUGGGCUUUGGUUUUGUUGAGAUAGGAAGUGUGACUCCAAAACCUCAGGAAGGAAACCCCAGACCCAGAGUCUUCCGCCUCCCCGAGGACCAAGCUGUCAUUAACAGGUAUGGAUUUAACAGUCACGGGCUUUCAGUGGUGGAACACAGGUUACGGGCCAGACAGCAGAAGCAGGCCAAGCUCACAGAAGGUGGACUGCCGCUGGGGGUCAACUUGGGGAAGAACAAGACCUCAGUGGACGCCACGGAGGACUACGCAGAAGGGGUGCGCGUGCUGGGCCCCCUGGCCGACUACCUGGUGGUGAAUGUGUCCAGCCCAAACACCGCAGGGCUGCGAAACCUUCAGGGAAAGGCCGAGCUGCGCCGCCUGCUGACCAAGGUGCUGCAGGAGAGGGAUGGCUUGCGGGGAGUGCACAGGCCGGCAGUCCUGGUGAAGAUCGCUCCUGACCUCACCAGCCAGGACAAGGAGGACAUUGCCAGUGUGGUCAAAGAGUUGGGCAUCGAUGGGCUAAUUGUUACGAACACCACCGUGAGUCGCCCUGCUGGCCUCCAGGGUGCCCUGCGCUCUGAAAUAGGAGGGCUGAGUGGGAAGCCCCUCCGGGAUUUAUCAACUCAAACCAUUCGGGAGAUGUAUGCACUCACCCAAGGCCGAGUUCCCAUAAUUGGGGUUGGUGGUGUGAGCAGCGGGCAGGACGCACUGGAGAAGAUCCGGGCAGGGGCCUCCCUGGUGCAGCUGUACACGGCCCUCACCUUCUGGGGGCCACCCGUUGUGGGCAAAAUCAAGCGGGAACUGGAGGCCCUUCUGAAAGAGCAGGGCUUUGGCAGAGUCACAGAUGCCAUUGGAGCAGAUCAUCGGAGGUGAGGACAGUGUCUGUCGGGAAGCCUGAUCUGGAACCUUCCCAAGGACUCAGGCAAGCCUUUGUGGCUGGAUCAUGACAGGAGGGACUCCAUCUUGAGCCAUGUCCCCCAGCCAUGGCAUGGCUGCACUGUAAACGCCAAUCGGGGGGUCACCAGGAUCAACCGCAGGCUUUCUUCAGUCCCUUGGUCAGACCAUAAACUGCAUUUGUAAUUCUUUGUGGAUUCAAACCCUAGGAUCCAUCAGUCUUGCAAGGACAUUGAAUAUUAGGAGGAAAAAGUCAUGGAAAAAAUAAAGCCAUUUAGAACCUGGGUUUCAACGCUAGCCCUUUCUGGUUUGCCACACGCCCUGCCAAGAUGCUGCAGGUCCAUCCAGGCCUCUGCUAUCUGCAUCUGCAGUGGGCUUCCCGGGAACUUGACUGUCUUUCAUUUGAUCUUUAUUUUUGUUUAUUUAAUAUUUUAAACUUUAUUUUUAAAAUAUUUCAAACAUAAGGGCGGGGUGUGGUGGCUCAUGCCUGUAAUCCCAGCACUUUGGGAGGCCGAGGUGGGUGGCUCGCCUGAGGCCAGGAGUUGGAGACCAGCCAGGCUACCAUGGUGAAACCCUGUCUCUACCAAAAAUACAAAAAUUAGCCAGGCAUUGUGGCAGGCACUUUUAAUCCCAGCUACUCGGGAGGCUGAGGCAGGAGAAUCGCUUGAACCUGGGAGGCAGAGGUUGCAGUGAGCCAAGGUGCACCAGUGCACUCCCGCUUGGGAGACAGAGCAAGACUCUGUCACACACAAAGCAAACAAACAAACAAACAAAUUUUCCCAUUUCUCUCCCUCCCUCUGUCUAUAACAUGGAUAAAAUACUCACGUGUUAUGUAUUUAUUAUUGCUGAGUCAUUGGUGCCUUAUUCUUAAGUGUUUCAGUCUGUAUCUCCUAAGCAUCCUGAUGUUAGUUUUUUGAUUAUAAAAUUGGCCUGCAUUCUUUACUAGCAAUUCAAAUGGUACAGCACUCUUGAAGUGUAAACAUUCCUGUUCCUCCUCACCCCACUCUGCAGACAUGCCUUUCUGUCUGUCCUCCCGGACUUUUUCCCCUGCAUAAAGAUGUUCAUUUUGUACAUACACUCAGACAUACAUGUGGCUGUAUUUUUUGUAUACCGAUUUCUGGAUGGAAUGCACACUGUUUUCUGUUUAGUUAACUUUACAUUUUCAAACAAAUGACAUCAUCCCACAAAUACAAUUCUGCCGUUGA